GAAGAUUCAAACUGAAGGCAGUGAACUAGGAAGGAAAGAAAAGCCGAGGGGGAGAGAGGAACUGAAGAGGUUUGAGAGAGGGUAGUGGAGACAGAGAGAGAGAGAGGGGUGUUGGAAAGGGGGAGAGGGUACAGAGAGGAACUGCACUCUGCUCUGUGUGUUUGGGGCAAGUGAGUUCCAGGAAAACAGGGUCAGAUUUGUUCAGGUUGCCCUGUAGUUGCUGUCGUUUGGAAAGUGAAAGGGCAGGUUAUUGAACUGGGGCGGAUUGUGUUGGUUGCAGAGUGGAUGGGCGUCACAAACUGGGACAGCUCUCACUGAGAACGGGCCAGGGGGAUAGAGUAAGGCAGCUCAGUGCUGAGGUAUGGCCGGCUCUGGGGACUGGGCGCAUGAGUGGAGCAGGAUUGAGAGCACGAUCCGGGGGAGUUUCCGACAGCUCCGGGAGAGGUACCUGCGGAGAGCCGGCGCCGGGAGUGAGCAGCAAGCCCCUUCCCGGAGAGAGUCGGAGCAAGGAGCCGGGGACAGCCUGCACAGCUUACCGGUGGAGGUACAGAUGUAUAUCAUGGGCUUACUAUCUCCCAGGGAUCUGUGCCAACUUGGAUGUGUCAGUCGCUACUGGAAUGCCAUGGUUCGUGACCCCCUUUUGUGGCGUUACUUCCUCCUGCGGGAUCUCCCUCACUGGAAUUCUGUUGACCAUCUGUCACUGCCGAAUGCAGCAUUACUGAGUAAAUCACUGACUGACAGCAUGGAGCAGGACUAUAUGACAGUGUAUUUAAUGAGCUGCCCCGAGGGCAGGAAGCACAGGAGAGUGCGCCCCAGUGCCUACAGCUCCGUCACCUCCUUGUUCUACUCACUGGUCUCUCAGGCACAGCCGCGGUUUGCCAUGUUUGGGCCUGGUUUGGAGCAGCUGGACACCUCACUGGUCACCAAGAUGAUGAACUCACCGGGAAUGCUACCUGUCAUCAGUCUACCGCAGCGACAGAUUGACGGAAUUGGAUCUGGAAUCAGCUUCUUAUUCAAAAAUGAGUACAAAUUUAACAUUCUGACUUUAUAUUCAACAACUUGGAAGGAACGAGAAAGUGCGAGACUCGAAGAGAAUGUGGCAGUCAAUAGACUCUUUGUGGAACAGCAAAGUGCAGAGGGGAGGCAGGGUGAGGGAGCGAGAGAGGCUUACAGCAUCAUCCCUCAGGUCCAGAAUGUCUGCACUGUGGUCGACGGCUUCAUCUACGUGGCAAAUGCUGAAGGCAGCAGAAGGCAUGAUCGAGAGCAGGAAGUGCUCCAGAUUCAGGCCAUGAUUGAUCCAAGUCUUGGUGCUCAAAGCCGCCCCCUCCUGGUCUUGUGCUGUACCUCACAGCCUGGUGUACAGCGGAUACCAUGCGUUUAUGUGGCUCACCAGUUACAGUUGGGCCAGCUGGAGCGAGCCUGGUUGGCCCAGGAUACAGAGGCACUUUCGCUUGGAGGCUUUCUUGAUGGCAUUGAGUGGAUUCUGCGGGAAGUUGGCACCUUGUGAUCCACUGUAGCUUGGAGCAGGUUCCAUCCUUCAGGAAUGACUGUAUCCCAAUAGCUCGGCAAACCCAAACCCACCCCACCUCAUUCUCAACAGGAGAACUUACCCAAGACCCUGUAUUGUAUCCCAAGGAGGCGACUGGAUACUCGUGAACUCCUCUGAUCCACUGGUCAAUCAGCUGAUGUUGUCUCUCUGUUGAUCCCCACACUCUGCUGCAUCAGCCAGCUGCGUGGAUAAACAUUGAGUGGGGCCUUUUCCAUGUUGGGCAGCAUUGAUCGGUUGGAUGGUAUGAAUAAAAAGUACUCUAUGCCAUUAAUGAACA